UCAUGGAUUUAGUGAAUUGAACAUGGGAAAUGAGAUGGGCAACAGUAACACAUCCGGCCUGCAAGAAGAAGAGAAUUCAACCACUCAAACUCAAGAGAGGUUUUUGCAAGAAGCUGUUCACGUUGAUGGUGCAGAAGGUAAAAAUCAUGUUGUUCCUGUUUCUGAAGUUAAAGACUACAAUGGAAAAGUGAAUGGGUUGGCUUCUGACGUCCCAAACGGAGCAGGAGAUUCUCCUAAAUUAAACCAGACAUCAGAUGGAAGAGAGCAAGAAGAAACUGAAGUUAAUCAUCCUGCUGAAUCUCCAAAAGUUGAUGCAGAAUCAAAUGAAGCAGGUGAUGAAACCAGUGAAAUUCAACAACAAACUUUUCCAUCUGAAGAUUCAAAAGAACAUAACAAUCCACCUGGUUACGUAAAUGAUGGACUAGAAAAUCAAACUGUUCCUGGUGCUGAAGGUAAAGACUACGAUGAAAAAGAGAAUGCAUUCACUUCUGAUGAUUUGAACGGAGCAGAGGAUGCUCAUUUUUCAGAACAGAUACCAGAUGAAACAGGUUACUGAAUUCUUCAUAGCUUUU